GGGCGCUAGCAGUCUUGCAUUGAUGUGCAUGCUUGUUUUGGGCCUUUAUAAACUUUAGCCUGUCUAUGGACCAACACUUUUAUUCUGCUGAUUAAAACAGGCUUUUUGCAGCUGUUUGUCAUUUUAAAUCGUAUAAUUUUAAUCCAGUUAAGGUUGAAAGCCAAAUUCUUUAAAUAUCUGCUUCAACAGUAGAAAAACCGCUAACCGCCUGGUUGAUGCUAGCUAGCAGCGAUUGUUCAAGAUGUUACAACCAGUCUGUGGGACGAUUUAAGAAAUAUCCGCUUCACGUAUGAAAAAUGGGACCUUUUUUUUAGAGUAACCAGUAAAAAAAUGGAUCUUAAAUUUUAUUCCGAGCUGCCAGAUGGCUGCUCUUCAAAUGUUGAUGCGGAGUUUAUGGAGACUCAGGAAUACGGUGGUUAUUCUGGGGAGAACAAGUUUUCAGAAAGCAGCGACAGCUAUCUGGCUAUCAGUGGAGCUGGGCAUCAUUUCUUAUCCGCAGAGCAGACAUUUCACACUCCUAGUCUCGGAGAUGAAGUUUUCGAGAUCCCCCCGAUCUCCCUGGAUCCAGACCAGGCUCUGAGCAUCAGCGACUCCCACUUUGAUCUGACCGAUGGCUCUGACGACAACAGCGGCUCUUCCGGUCCCAGAAACCUGGUGAGCAACCUGGUGGUGGAGGCAAAUGAUCCAUCCUUCGCCUCCACCUUUGUAAACACAGGAUCCCAAAGUCUGGAGCAGCUGAACCUUGGAGCAAUGGGCCAAGCUGGAGGAGGAGGGCUGAUAAGCUCCUCUGCCCUGGAAAUGGGGGCUUCCAGCGGCUCGCAUUUCAGCCGUUCUCCUCCCAUGACCAUUGAUGUUCAGCUGAGUGAAUUAGGUCAUGGUCUUCUGAACCCAUCAGAACUGACGCUGGGUCUCGGUGGGAAUACCUCUGGCCAUCAUUCGGAUGCAAACGACGAGCCGUUGUUGAUCUCCUCGUCUCCUCUUGGUUCCCCCGUGGAUGAGGACAUGGAUGACUUCAAGAGAAGCCUCCUGGUGGACUCCCCCGUGUCCCUCUCCUCCUCCCCUACCCUCUCCCACAUGUCCUCCAACCCUGCGCCCCCCUGCUCUGCCACCCCAGCGGCACCCAGGAGGGGUAGCGGGAAACCUGCUGCUGUCGCCUCUGCAGCUGAAGCUACGGGAGGAAAGAAGGGACGGAAGAGGAAGGAUCCUAACGAGCCACAGAAGCCGGUCUCGGCCUACGCUCUGUUUUUUAGAGACACUCAGUCGGCCAUUAAGGGCCAGAACCCCAGCGCCUCCUUUGGGGAGGUGUCAAAGAUCGUGGCGUCCAUGUGGGACAGUCUGGCGGAGGAUCAGAAACAGGUUUACAAAAAGAAAACAGAAGCUGCCAAAAAGGAGUACUUAAAGGCGCUAGCAGCGUACAAAGCCAGCCAGCUGUCACAGCCAGUUUCCUUGGAGUUGGAGACUUCUUCGCCUGUGGUCAAUCUGAUCCCAUCAGCUCCUUCUGCUGGACAACAAACCAUUCUUCUGCCAUCAGCAAUCGGCAGCGCAGAGGCCAACACUAAUAUCUGUGCCUCCAACAUCAUCCUGGACGUCCCUGAGGUGAUGACACCCUCCCACUUAGAAAACCAAGCAAAUGCUGCAGGUGCCAUCCUGGCUCCAGCCCAGACCAUCACCAAGAUCAUAAUCCCAAAGCACUUACUGCAGGGCGGGGGUCAGGUGGUCACCCUGUUAUCUGGGGGGGUUGGUGCAGCGCAGCCAACCCUUCUGGUCUCGAGCGCCUCCCGUCAGCCGCCGCCUCUUCAGCAGAUGCAGAACGCCCCGCCUCCUCCGCGGCUCCAGCAGAUGGCGCCCGCUCCGCCUCCUUUACAGGCCAAACCCAGGGAGGGGGCGACGGCGUUCGGUCAACCCGCUAUCCUCACGGCCACACCUCCACCGCCGCUCCAGAUCAAAAUAGUCCCAGCACCCGUCCAGGUUCAGGACCGACUGGCUCCCGCCGUUGUUGUACCCAGUAUUGCUGCUGCAGCUACGUCAGGAGGGAGCUCUGCUACGGCUUCAGGCGACGACGACGUCACCGAGGUGCUGGAUUCAGAUGAGGAUGUGAUGGAGGUGAGUGCGUCCACUGGUGAUGCCUCCGUGAAGAGCAUCUGUGUGAGAGCGGGCUGCACCAACCCGGCAGUGGACAGCAAGGACUGGGACAAGGAGUACUGCAGUAAUGAAUGCGUGGCCACUCACUGCAGGGAUGUCUUCAAAGCGUGGUGCUCCAUCCGGAACCAGAACCUGGGGACUGUGAAGUGAGCAUCAUACAGACACAGCUGGGAAAUCAGUUUUCUGUUGUUUUUUUUUAAAUAUAGGUUUAAAAAAAAAGACUUAAACAGAGUGAAGUGACAAUAUUUGUCACUUCUUUGUGUGUAAAUUGUACUUUAACACUUUUGAGGAAAAGACAUUCAUCAGUGAAACCGAUCCAGAACAGGAGGCCUUCAUUCCUCUCAUGUUAACCUCAAAGGACGUUCUAAAGGCAGCUAGUUACGUUAAAAAAGGAACUGUAAAUUUACUUUUUUUUUUUUACAGCUGAGAAAUGUUUCCAGUAACAAUAGAUCCGAACAAAAAAUGACUUCAUUUGUGUGUGUGAGUUUUGUUUUUAACGGCUUUUUUUAUAAGUGUAAUUUUUAA